UUCGGAGGUUCAGGGCGGGCUUGGCAGAGCUGUCGAAAGAGGAAACAGCACGCUUUCGAGGCACACGAACAUCUUCGCCUCCUUCUCGACAGCGAGAGUAUAAGCGAAACACGAUGGCUGCGCCACGAGUACAACGGCUCGUGACCCCAUUCGUAUGUCAAUCCUGUCGCCAUAAAAUCCUCUCCCAGCACUCUAUCCUCCGGACCUUCUCCACGACCUCCGUCUACCGCGCCGACGACCCUCCACCCGCGGCCAGUGCCGUUCAAACUACUCUCGGUGCGCUGAGCAGCAAUAUCACCACCUCUAAUCGUUCAAAGGGGUUCAACAGUCCCACUCCGCCCAGCAAAUCAAUGGGGUUCAUAGACGCCCUUGACGGUGGCACAUCGGACGAUCGAGACAUUGAUAGUCUACUGGGCGAGUACUCUAGCCGCAACCAGAAUCCAACCUAUCUACAAAAGCCACACCGAAUCUACGUCUAUUCGACGAAGCACAACACUCACAUUACCUUCGUACAACCACCCAAGUCAGCCGCGGAGACGUCGGGUUCGGGGAUCAGUAGCAGCGGCGCCAGUGCAGCGGAGAAGUCGAAGAUGGUCACCGUCCUCCUAUCUGUCAGUGCCGGUAACCUCAACUUCAAGAAGGCGGCAAGGGGAAGCUACGAUGCCGCGUAUCAGCUUUCAGCAUUUGUGUUAGGUCAAAUUCGGGAAAGGGGCAUGCUGCGGGAUGUUCGAGGUCUGGAGGUCGUAUUGAGAGGCUUCGGUGCGGGGAGGGAAGCAUUUACUAAAGUCAUGCUGGGAGCCGAGGGAAGAAACUUGCGAGGGAGGGUCUCGGCGGUCAUUGACGCGACACGUUUGAAGCUGGGCGGACCACGUGGUAAGAGGCCGCGACGGUUGGGCUGAGACAACUCCACAACAUCUUUCUUAGUCUCUGCGGCCCUGAUGUACG